AUGCCACGCUCAUUUUUGGUGAAGAAGAUCAAGCUUGAUGAUUUCUCUUCGUCACAUGUGGCCAAUCACCAUCACCACCUGGACGACUCGUUCACUUUUGCACGCUCCAUCACAGACUCGGUGACCAGCCUUGGGGUUCGUCUCAGCGAGAAUGGCUACAUCCAGGAUUACAUCACGCCAUCUGUAUACCAGGGGGAGAAGAAGAUGGAGCACAAGCUGGCUUCGCCGGUGUCAGAUCCCCUCUACACCCAGGUGAGCAGCGGAGAGGAGUACUGUGACCCCGACCUGAAGCAGCCUGACAGCCCCCAGUCUGGCAUGACAGCCAGCGGCUUCUACAGUGGUGAAUCGGAGGCCCUGGCCGAGGGUUACACCAUGGAUGCCUUCUUCAUCUCCGAUGGGCGCUCGAGGCGGAAGGGGGAUACCGAGAGUCGCGAGGGGGGCUCGAGAAGCAGCAGCGCCAACGGUGGGGCUCAGGAGAGGGGAGCUGGCACGGCUCGCCACUCCUGCAACGAGUGCGGCAAGACGUACGCCACCUCCUCCAACCUCAGCAGACACAAGCAGACGCACCGCAGCCUGGACAGCAAGAUGGCCCGCAAGUGUCCCACCUGUAAUAAAGUGUACGUGUCCAUGCCGGCGCUGGCCAUGCACAUCCUCACCCACGACCUCAAGCACAAGUGCAACGUGUGCAGCAAGGCCUUCAGCCGGCCGUGGCUCCUUCAAGGUCACAUGCGCUCACACACGGGGGAGAAGCCCUUUGCCUGCGCACACUGUGGCAAAGCCUUUGCUGACCGUUCAAACCUCCGCGCCCACAUGCAAACACACUCUGCCUUCAAGCACUACAGAUGCAAGCGCUGCAAUAAGACCUUCGCUCUCAAGUCCUACCUGAACAAGCACUAUGAGUCGGCUUGCUUCAAGGGCUCUGCGGACGAGGAUGACUCUGGAUCAGAAGACUAA